AUGGAGAGGGCCAAGUUGGACAGGUCUUCGGAGACGGUGGAAGUGGAAUGGUCCGCGGGAGGGGUGGACUGGUUUCCAUACGUUUGGCUGAGGGACAACUGUCAGUGCUCAGAGUGUUUCCAGGUCGACCUAAACAAACGCUUGGUGCUGACGUCACGGCUGGAUCUGGACGUUGCCCCCGACCAUGCAAACGUGCAAGAUAGGGGGAGCACGUUACACGUGACGUGGCCGGACGGACACCGGAGCCAGUACGACUGGCAGUGGCUGCGGGACCGCUGCUUCAGUCCCCAGGCCAGGGCGGACAGGGAAACACGCUGGAGGAGAAAGAAGCAGCUCUGGGGAGCCGAACUCUUCACAAACCUCCCCACGGCUGAUUUUCCCGCGCUUUUGUCAGACGACCGCGCCUUGUACGACUUCCUGUUCCUCCUGGACACCAUCGGCCUCGUUCUGGUGCAGAACGUGCCACGUCAGCCCGGGCAAUUUCUCCAGCUGGCCAAUCGCGUGGCGUUUCCUAAAAUGACCUUCUUAGGGUCUUGUCCGGAAGUACCUCUGUUCAUCGCCCAACAGGUCCAGAUGAUGCACUGCAUCAAGCAGACGGAGUCGGAAGGGGGCGCUAGUGAGCUUGUGGACGCCUUCAACGCCGCCUACCAGCUGAAGCAGGAGAACCCGGACGCCUUCAAACUCCUCACGACAGUGAAGGUCAACUUCCACAGGAUCGGGAAGGCCGAGCCCAAGCACCACAUGAAGGAACGACACCAUAUCAUCAGCAUUAGCGACAAAGGCGAGGUACAGAAGGUGGUGUGCGGGAAACACUCCCGUGAUUCCGUGCUGGACGUGCCGCUGGACCAGGUCAAACCGUUCUAUCGCGCCAUGAGGGCGUUCGACGACAUCCUGGCUCACCCCAGGAACUGCAUCCGCUACAAGAUGAAAGAAGGUGACAUAUUGGCGUUCGACAACCUCCGUGUCCUGCACGACCGCACGGCGUUCAGCCUGUCAGGCGGAGAGAGACACCUGCAGGUCGGGUAUGUGGACUGGGACGAGACCUACUCUCGCAUGCGCGUCCUCCAGGCCGAGUUGGGAAUCCAGGAGUGACAAGCCAAGAUUUUGUCUUACUUCCAGGGAGGAUAAAAUCCUUCCGCAGGAAGGCUCUGUUUUUGGUCGUCUUUGUGUGUUCACAACUAUAACUCACGUUGCGUUUUGGUCGAUCUGUCCGAAUUUCGGUAUAUGGUUUUUUAUUGAUGUCCGGACGCCCGUCGA